AUGCCACACGGAGGAGGCGCUAGGUCUCGGCGGCAGGCUGCCCACAGGCAAGAAAGGGGCGACCAGGGAAGGGGGGUCUACGGAAGGGGCCCCCUCCCCAGCAACCCCGAGAGCGCCCGCAAGCAGCAGGCGCGCGCACAAGUGGCAGAGCGACGCACUCACACAGAAGACGACGCCGCGCCAGCUAGCGCUCCGGAGGCACUGGCUCAAAAGCCUCCAUCGGGGAAUGCGGAUGCAGUGCCAGAAGGCCUUGGGGUUCUGCACGCGCCCCUGAAAGAGCAUCUCCGACGGGGACAGCAGGAGCGCAACAACCAGCUGUCCAGACACAGCACGCUCGAGGACUUCCCGUGCAGGGAUAGCAAGGAUCAAGCGGCAGCAACGGGAGCCUCGGCGGCGGCAGCCGCGCCAGAAACACCCGCCUCCACAGCUGCAGCCGCACCAGCGGCGGUAAGAAGAGCUUCAGAAAGUUCCCCUCACAGCCUCCUUGAACACCUUACAGCGACUUCCGAACCAAGGACGGCGGCAUGUGCGGAGGAUGUUCAAGGGCCGCUUGCCUCGCCGCGCUACGUCCCCCCCUUGCACUGGCCUCCCUCGGAGGGCCCCCCUCCCUCUUCAGCGCCGCCGCCUCCAAGCGACGUCUGGGCGAUUUCCGCCGAGCACGCUGUUGCGGCUGAAGCGGCACGCGCCUUCAUCAGCAGCAGUGGGGACCCCUGCGUGCAGGCUUCAAGCCUCGUCUUGAGGGGCGCUGGGGUCAGCGGCGGCGGGGGUGCAAAGAGGCGGCUGGCAGGCGCAUGCACGGGGGGGGCGAAGCUGCAAUACCAGGAAGGGCUUGCUCAGAAGAGCGCGUUACUGCCAACAGGCCAUAUAUGGGGUAUCGUCCUCUCAGUGUUGCUCACGUGGCUUCAGGAUCCACUGCUGUCUCUUCUCGCCUCGGCAGCCGCGGCUCGGCUAAAAGAGGGGGCGCCCUUGGCUGUGGUUGCAGUAGGAGCUGGUGGACAGGUUCCCGAUGGUCUCUGUCUUCUCCUGGCUGCCCUAGGCCUCGCGGUGGGGGCUUUGUGCAGCCGUGCAGGGGGGCGACAUGCACGGGGAAAAGACGCGCUUGCGUCCACUGUCAAGGGUGUGGACGCUGAAGGGGCUUAUGAAGGACGCGAAGGCCGUAGGCAGGCGGUGGCACUGGCACCGGCGCUUCGCGUGGCUGCGGUUGGCGCGUGGAUUGCGACCGGCGUGGGGGUGAUGUUGGCGGCGGCCGUGUAUGCUGGCAGCGCUUCGAUUCUGUCGUUCUUUUUGAGUAUUCGGGGAGUGGGUGCAGCGGCGGGCUCACCAGCGGCUGACGAAAUGCGCCUGCAGCAAGAGACGCUGUCUCUGGCUGUCGAGGUUUUACGGCUGCGCUGUGUCUCGCUUCCGAGCUGUCUUGUUGCCUUGACGGCCAAGGCAGCCCUGCUGACGCUCAGAGAUCCAUCCCCGCAGAUUGCGACGCUGGCAUCUGCGGCAGUGGCGGCGCCUCUCUUUUUCAUGUAUGCCGCGCGUGGCGCUGCCACUGCUGCAGCUGCGCCUUUGGAAGCGGCCAGAGCUUUUGUUUCUGCCGCGGCAUUAACCGUUGUGGCCGUGCAAGUUGCUUCCGCGGCAGCGCUGCUGGUGCGCCUAGGAACACUGGCGGCUGCCAGCUCCCCGAGCCACCAGCAGAAGGAAUACCAUCGCAUGCACGGUUUCCUGCAGCGUCUGCAGACCGUCUGGCAGCUCUAUCGGCCGCCGCUCCCCUCCGAGGUGCUCCCUUUCGCUCCCUUCGUGCUGCCCGUCUUGACGCAGUGUUGUGUCAGGCUAGUACUGUACUCUUCCAUGACGAAGGCUGCCUCCUUGCAGGGUCCUAAGGCCAUGGCCGCCCAUCAACUGGUGUCUGGGCUAUAUACGGUUCUGGGAAUGCCAGCAGACACUAUGGCUCAGGUUGUAAAUGCUGCCGCUGCCCAGGGAGCCUCGGGGGCUCUAAGAGGACCUACCAGCUACAGAAGGCUGCAAAGGCGUAUUUUCAAGGUUUCGGCUGUCACCGCGAUUCUAUCUGCUGCUACUCAGCUGGCCCUGGUUCUAUUCCUAUCCUGCCGCUUGUCGGCAACAGAUUUCGAGUUAAGUAGGGCGGUUUUUUACGCGGGUGCAUGCGCCGCCGUUCCUUUGUUGCUGCUUCCCUUCUGCUCAUCGUUGGAAGGUUUGCUGCUGCUUAAGCUGCAAACCCCAACAGUGGCUGCAGCAUACGCUGCCACGCUCCCUCCUCCGCUUCUCGUGAUGAUAGCUGCAGAGAAGGGGGGAGAUUCUGAGGAAUUUCAUCGAGUCUACCUGCGUGGGAGGCUGCAAGGAAGGAAGGGGGAGAGGCCCCGUAGCAGGGGAGCGCACGAUUCAACCGAAGGCACUCCUCCCGUUAUCGCCUUGCAAGCAGGCCUCUCCCCCGCUACUUCUUUUCCUUUUAGCCACAAACACCCCCCUUCCCCCGCCCGAGGCGUUCGAAGGAGUGCAGCAGCACCCAUGGGCAGGAGUAGUGCCAGUCCCCCAGACAGCAACCAAUGA